CCGACCCCUUAUGUCAAGACUCAAGAAUAUUAGACAGAUGAAUCAUCGCUAUUUAGAAUUUAGCAUUAGAUUUUCAAUUACCAAAAGCUUCAGUUAUAUCAAGCACAAGCCAAACUACUAGUACUACUUAUUUCAAUACUAAUAGUAGCACUCAUUUUUUGUCCGCCAUGAAAGUUCCUCCUAAGAAACCUCAUUUUUUCAAACCCAUUUUGCCAGGCUUCAAGCAUGGAUUCAAAAUUCCUAUAGGUUUUUUGAAUUAUCUGAAGGGAUAUGAUCAGUAUGAACAUGCAAUACUGAGAAGGGCUGAUAAAAAAUGGUUGGUGAAAGUGAAAGGUGGUCGAUUCGAAGAGGGUAAUUGGAAAGAUUUUGUAGAACAACAUGAUUUGCAAUUGGGAGAUAUUUUAGUGUUCAAACAUGAAAGAGACAUGAUAUUUGAGGUUUCCAUCUUUGAUUCAAGUCAUUGUGACAGAGAAUAUAUGCAUGAAGAAGACACUGCCAAGAAAUUUGAUUUGGAAGAUCUGAGAGGAAAUGCGUCACUCCAUCCCGAAGGAAAGAAGACUAAUUUGGAUACUGAAAGAGUUCCCAUUCAAGAUUUGAGGGGAAAUGCAUCUCUCCAGCCCGAAGGAAAGAAGACUAAUCUUCAUGCUAGAAGAGUUUCCACCGGAGAAAAACCAAAGCACAACAUCGGUUCAUCAGACAAGGUUUUUUCCAAUGUAAAAGCGGCUAAAGACAUGCCUCUCGGUCGCCCUCAUUUCACUUUUACCAUCAAACCCCAUUGCAUUUCAAAGUCUUUGCUGCAUAUUCCAAAAAAACUUGCACGAGCAAACGGCCUCAGCAACAGGAAUUGUACGAUAAUGAUAAGAGAUGAGCAAAGGUCAUGGGCGUUUAAGCUAUAUUACUGUGCAGGCAGCACUUUCAUUGGAGGUGGAUGGCGUGAAUUUUGUGCUGCUAAUUUCUUAAAGGAAGGAGAUCACACAAUGCUUGAGACAAUUUCCAAGGGAGAGAAACCUAUAUUGAAAUUCUACGAUUUGAGAGAAAAUGCGUCACUUCAGCCUGAAGAAAAGAAGCCUAAUUUGGAUGCUAAAAGAGUUUCCACUCAAGGCCUCAUGAUUGAGAGCUCAGAUAUGACGACUCCAACAUCUGCUAAGGCUAGCCCUCAUUUUAUUUCUACAAUUUUUCCUUAUUCCAUCAGCAGAUCCUAUUUGUGUCUUCCGAUCGCUUUUGCAAAAUCAAAUAGCUUGAUGAAUAGACGCAAGAUGAUUCUCACAGAUGAGAAACAAAGAUCAUGGUCAGUACAGCUAAAACCAAGGGGCAAGCACUUUGCAAUAACCAGGGGAUUGGAACAGUUCAUGAAAGCUAAUGGUGUCCAAGCAGGAGAUACUUACAAGUUUGAACUCAUCAACAACGGAACUAUACCUGUAGCAUAUUUCCAUUGUAAAUAUUCGGGAAGGAUGCCAAGCAUGAGAGAAGCCCUUGACAAGGAGUACUGAAGAAUAUGAUGUUUUUUGGAUUUACUACAUGUUGGCUAAUCUUAAAAAAAGAAUGUACUUUGACUUUUUGCUCUUCAAUAGACAACCUGUUUUUGUAUGCUGUUAGCAUUACUAACUCUUUAAGAUUAAGGGAGUGGCACUUUUGUA